AUGGCUCCCGCUGCCACCGCAUCCGCGCCUAUUGCGCCGCACAAUCUCGCCAAGGAAGCCCCGCUCCAUAUCUUCCCCGACGGACUAAGGACAACCGGCCAGCACGAUCCCCUCUACGACCACAUCCUGCCAUUUGAAAAGUUCCCCAAGCAGAUCACCGGUCCUACAGUCUGGAACCCGGAGGAAUAUCGCUCCAAGCCAGAGACAUGGACACACCAGUUCACCUCCGACCAGAUCGAGGAACUAAGCAACGCCGCAGAUGCCUUCCUUGCAUCCAAGACCCCGCUCACCGGUAUUUCCAAGAGCAACUUCCAAGUCCCCGUCCUAGCCCCAUACCUGGAGAAGCUCCGUCUCGACCUGAUCGACGGCAAGGGCUUCAUCCUGUUCAAGGGCUUCCCCGUCCAACUAUGGGGUAACCACAAGUCGGCCGUCGCAUACAUGGGCCUGGGCACAUACCUUGGCUACUUCGUCAGCCAGAACAGCCGCGGCCAUGUGCUCGGCCACGUCAAGGAUCUCGGCGAAGACUCCACGCAGAUCGACAAGGUCCGCAUCUACCGGACAAACGCCCGCCAAUUCUUCCACGCCGACGACUCCGACAUCGUCGGACUCCUCUGCAUCGCCAAGGCCCUGGAAGGCGGCGAAUCAGACCUCGUCUCCUCGCACAACGUCUACAACACACUCGCCGCCGAGCGUCCCGACAUCCUGAAGACCCUCACCGAGCCAAUCUGGUACUUCGACCGCAAGGGCGAGACAAGCACGGGCGAGAGAGAGUUCAUCCGCACAAGCGUCGUGUACCUCGAGCGAGGCGAGAAUGGCCGCGUAUACACAAAGUGGGACCCCUACUACGUCCGCUCACUUAGCCGCUUCUCCGACGCAGGCAUCAUCCCCCCGCUCAGCGCAGCCCAGCUUGACGCGAUCCAGGUGCUCGAGGACACCUGCAACCGACUCAGUCUGCACAUGAUCCUUGAUAUCGGCGACAUCCAGUUCCUGGCUAACUCGCAUAUUUUGCACGCGCGCACGGCGUACACGGAUCAUGCGCCGCCUGCGCCGCGCCGCCAUCUUAUGCGGUUGUGGCUUGCGACGCCUGAGAAUGAGGGCGGGUGGAAAUUGCCUUUUUGGGACUCGAAUGAGAAGAAGAGGGGGGGUAUUCAGGUUGAUGAUCAGGCGCCUGUUGCGCCGCUUGAUGCGGAGUAA